CGAACCGAUUUACUGUCAGUCAGUAGUGUGUAGGCGACAGCAAAGCAAAAUAGUGAUACUUCGACAAUUUAUUCAUCAUUUUAUUGGCAAAAAAUAACCAUCAUAAAAAAAAUAAGCAGCUCAUUUUCAUUCAUCGUCAUAAAGUCAGCGGCUGUUUUUGUAGUGUGAUAAAUACCUCUAUUGGUGCAUAAUAAUAGGUGUAGUACGGAGUGGUGCAACCUCCUCUCCUCGCUGGUGGUCCCCCGAAAAACGAAGUGCACUCGUGUGUGAGAAGUGUGUCAGCCUCGGCAGUCAGCAGUAAGGCAGUAAGGAGGAAACAAACGGGGUACCUACCGGGAUGGGCCUUAAAGACUGUCUGAUAGAACUAGACAAUCCUUGGAAUACGUAUUAUGCCGGUCAAACCGUUAAUGGAAAAGUUACAUUCACCUUCGAUUCGCCGAAAAAAAUUCGAGGUAUCAUCAUAAAAUUCAGCGGCGAAGCGGAAACCAAGUGGAGUCAGACGGAAACCAAAACCGACCAGGAGGGAAAGCAGUAUGAAUCGACGACCAACUUGACCGGUCAGGAGGAGUACUUCCAGAUUCAGUAUUACUUGUUGGGCGGAAAGAACAGCAAUGAGAUCGAACUGGGUGCGGGCACGCACGAGUAUCCGUUUACGUGUGCUCUGCCGCCAACACUACCGUCCUCCUUCGAGGGAGAAUGGGGCUUCGUCCGGUACACGAUCAAGGUGACGCUGGACCGACCCUGGAAGUUCGACCAAGACAUAAAGAUGGCGUUUACCGUGAUUUCGCCCGUCGAUCUGAACCAGAAUCCACGCGUGAAGGACCCAUUCAAGCUGGAACAGGAGAAGACCUUCUGCUGCUUCUGUUGUGCUUCCGGACCGUUGAGCGUUAUCGUGCACAUUCCGGUGACCGGCUUUGUCUCCGGACAGACGAUCCCAUUGACCAUCGAGUGCGACAAUGCGAGUAACGUUGGCGUUGAGUCCAUCAAACUUACGCUGCGCAAAUUGUUGGCUUUCCACGUGCACACGCCGCGUCGUGAGACGAAGAAAAAGAAGGAAGUGAUAUCGGAGAUUGCUGUGGGACCAGUUGAAGGCGGUAACAGUCAGACGUGGAAUCAGCACAUACAGAUUCCGCCACUGCCACCGUCGAAUCUGGUCAAUUGUGGCAUUAUCGAUGUGGACUACGACAUCAAAAUGGAAGCGGUGGUUUCCGGACCACACGCCAACCUGGACGGAAAUAUACCGAUCGUUUUGGGUACCGUUCCGCUGACAUCCUUCCAGCCGCCACCGCCGUACACCGACAAUCCUCCGGAGACGGAUCCUUCGAUGCUACCAACGCAACCGGUUAGUCCAGCUAGCCCUCCGAACGGAGCUGGCGGUGCACUCGGCUGGAACAUUGCCGACGGUGGGGAUAGUCUGUAUCCCAAUAUACCACCUCCGACAUUUGCGGAAGCCGCUUUCAAGGCACCGAAUAUCUCGAAUAAAAAUGAUAGCGAGUUUACGCGUUUUGUGGGAGCUUCCGAGUAUGCACCGCGCUAUCCGACGUAUGCUUUCACUCCUUCUGCACCACCGGCCAAUCUCUAAAUGGAUCGUCCGGUGUCCCCGGCAAUGGUGCAACCUUUGUGAACCUCAACAGAUAUUUGAUUGGUUUCUCAUUUGCUUCCUUCCCGGUAGCGUUAUUUAGUUAACAUCACUUUUUUUGUUACCCAUAAAAUAUUUUUGUUAUUUUCUUUAUAUUUGAACUAAUUAAGAAAAAAAAAGCUAGUGUUUUAAACGAUGCAAGUAAAAACGCACAUUGCUCCAGCAGGAAUUAAUAUUAUGCGUUACUCUGAUAAGGAAUACAUCGUAUAUAUUUUAAGACUAACUCCAAUCAACACUACCGUAAUAAAAUCACAACCAUAAUUAACCAACCAUUAGCAACUACUUAGAAACUACUGAACAUUAUACGAAUUAUCUUACGCGUACAGCAUUGAAUUGAAGCAAAGCUUAAACAAAACUCGUAUGACCACGUCCAGUCGUAGCAUGUAAUCUCUCGCCGGGAAAAACAACAAAACAACGCUGGACGCUUUUUCCCCUUAACCGGUUUCCAUCCGACGAACUCAAACCGUGCAACCGUUUCAAGGAAAGAUGCCAAACUUAAAUUUACGAACGAAAGAAGAGAAACUAGAAUACCAUUCGAAUGAAGAGUGCCUAUUAUCGUAGAGUUGUAAAUCGAACAAAAAAACAAAACCUAGAAUUUUACCAAUCGCUUCCCAUUGAGAAUAAACAACCGCGUCAAUUGUCGAUUGUUGGUAAAGUUUGACCUGGCCUGGCCUGGUCUGGUCCGGAGGAGGUGAAUAAAGAUGAUCGGAACAACAUGGCAGCGCGAAAGUUACGCAAAAUAUUUUUAUACAUUUGAUGGCAAUGCUCGAUUCCUAAAAAAAUUAAAACAAUAUAUUGAGCGAAAAAAAAUAAUCCACUAUAUACUAGCGAUACAUAAAUAGUUGUUGCUUUUGCUUUCUUUUUUGUUUUGCUUCACUAUAGUAUAUAUUAUAUAUGUGUAUCAACU